AUGCCGGCGCUCAAAGUGCCCGAAAACGCCCCCAAUGGACCUGCCGCCAAGCGCCAGAAGGUCCAGGCCAGCAAUGGAAAAAGUAACGCGACCAUCGCGCGCAAGUCGAAGAUCUUUGCGCCUUUCAGAACUGUCGGUCUAGUCUCUCCAACAGAUGUCCCGUUCACGUCGAUUCCGCUUGGUAAAGCCACGUUCCAGAUCACCACUUCGGUCGGCAGGUCGCUGCAGACGUACGACUUGCGCCGCGGCCUGAACCUCGUCUUUAUCACGCGCCCGCAGACACCAGAGGACAUCACGGCCACGCUGGCAUGGAAAAAGGUGGUUCUAGCAGCAUGGGGUGGUCCGGAUGCGCAGUCAGCCCGAGGAAUCUGGGUGUUCCAGCGCGGCAAGAAGGUCAACGAGCUGGAAUUGCCCCGGGGUCUGGACGAAAACAUCACGCAUCUUGUUGCAUUUGGCGAGUGGAUCAUUGGAUGCGGCACCACCAGAAUCGAAGUGUGGAAGUCGGCGACGCUGGAGCACUACACGACGCUACAGGGCUCUUCGACCAGUGCCUUAUCUGGCUGCCUGUGCAACAUGCCAACCUAUUUGAACAAGAUAUUCGUAGGAAGGCAGGAUGGCUCCGUGGAAAUCUGGAACGUCAAUACUGGAAAGCUACUGUACACACUCCUACCUCCCGCCGCGGACUGUGGCUCGGUAACUGCGCUGCAGCCGGCGCCUGCGCUGUCCCUCCUCGCUAUUGCGUACGAGUCAGGCCCCGUUUGCAUUCACGAUGUCCGCGUGGAUAAGGAGGUUAUGCGCCUCAAUCUUGGAUCGUCCAAGAAAACGCCAAUUACUUCCAUAUCGUUCAGGACGGAUGGCCUCGGUGCGGGAGAAGACGGUCGAAAAGAAGGUGUGAUGGCUACGGCGAGUCGAUACAGCAGCGAUAUUACCUUCUGGGACCUCAAUGAGAAAGGUCGCAAGAUGGGCACUCUGAACGGCGCACACAAUCCCCCUCCAUCCGCCAAGGGAGGCGUUGGUGGUGGUAUCAGUCGGAUAGAGUUCCUCGUGGGCCAAUCCGUUAUCGUUUCAAGUGGACUGGACAACACCUUGAAGAGCUGGCUUUUCGACCAAACACCCUUCUCGGCAGUACCCCGGAUUCUGCACUCGCGCGGCGGACACGCUGCACCUAUUUCCUCUUUGAAGUUUUUGCCUUCCAACUCAGACGGUGCGGAUGAUCUUGGAAAGUGGCUGUUGAGUGCGAGCCAGGAUCGCAGCUUAUGGGGUUGGAGCUUGAGACGCGACGGCCAAAGUACUGAGCUCAGUCAAGGCACUGUGCAGAAGAAAGCAAAGAAGGCUGGACUCCUCAAAGCAGGCGUCAAGGAUCCCAGGCUCCAUGGUGCUUUUGAAAACCUCAAGGCUCCUGCAAUCACUUGUAUGGCAUGCUCUCUCAACCGCGAUGGCGGGAUGGGAGCAAUGCCCGGCAUUGCGGGCAUCUGGAACAACUCCUCUAAGACCAAAGGUGACAAGGGCACACCUGAGGCGAGCAUGACUGGAUGGGAAAGCAUCGUGACCGGGCAUGCAGGGGACAAGAAGGCAAGGACAUGGUUCUGGGGCCGUAAAAGAGCAGGCAGAUGGACUUUUAGCACAGGCGAUGACACUGAGGUCACGAGUGUGGCCAUCUCCCCUUGCGGCACGUUCGCUAUCAUCGGAUCUGCUGGCGGUGCGAUCGACAUGUACAACCUCCAAUCUGGCCAACACCGACGAAGGUUUCCCUCGCGACUGACGCCGGCGGAGGCGAAGAAGCUCAAGCUCGAAAGACUCCAGAGAGGAGAUGACGUUCUCGAAUCGGAAUCUGCGGGGGCUAAGAAGUUUAACAAGGGCGAGGGCCGUCACAAGGGGGCUAUCACUGGUCUGACAGUGGAUGGGCUGAACAGAGUCAUCAUCAGCUGUAGCGAUGACGGAAAAGUGAAAUUCUGGGAUUUCAUGACGGGCGUACUACAGCAUGAAGUGGAUUGGUACCCAAUGACCAAAAUCCUCGGCCUUCGAUACCACAAUAACAGCGAUCUGGUUGCGAUGAAUUGCGACGAUGGUUCCAUCAGAGUGGUUGACAUCGAGACCAAGAGGCUUGUCCGUGAGCUGUGGUCUUCGCGCUCGCACGCCGACCUUCAAAUCGUUGACUACACAUUUUCAAACGACGGCCGAUGGAUCAUAGCCGCGACUUCCGACUCCACUGUGCGCGUAUGGGACUUGCCGACCGGCCAUCUGAUUGACGCGAUGAAGCUGCCUGGAACUUGCACCGCAGUCUCAUUUUCACCAUCCGGGGAGUAUCUUGCUACGGCUCUGGAAGGCGAAGUAGGCGUACAUAUCUGGACAAACCGGACACUCUUCACGCACGUAUCUACGCGACAGAUUUCGGAAGAAGAGGUAGCCAUCAUGAGCGCUCCCACGGCGUCUGGAGAAGGCGGCGAAGAUCUAGUAGAUGCAGCAGCUGAAGAGGAAUUCGACGAGGAUGAGGACGAAACCGCUGUGCCCGUUAUGGACCAGUUGAGCGAGGGCAUCACCACGCUCAGUCUUGUGCCCAAAGCGCGGUGGCAGACGUUGCUCCAUCUCGAUGUCAUACGAGCGCGCAACAAGCCCAAAGAAGCACCCAAGGCCCCCGAGAAAGCGCCCUUCUUCCUGCCAUCUACCGAGGGUGGCAAACCUGCCAAUGCUCUCGCUGCGGCAGACGCUGAACCAACAUCGCGCAUCUCCAGCUCAGCGCUUGCGUCGCGGUCGUCGGCUGCGACAGCAACAAGCGAGUUUACGCGCCGCCUCGCACAAGCAGCAGAAGGAGGUGACUACACUCCUGUGCUUGCACACCUUUCGUCGCUGCCCCCGUCAGCCGCAGACGUUGCGAUACGCACGCUCGACACAACGCCGCCGUACGACGAGCUGCGGACAUUCAUCGAGGCCUUGGUCGGCAGAUUAGCAGAGCGGAGAGACUACGAGCUCGUGCAGGCGUGGAUGAGCGUGUUCCUCCGCUUGCACGGCGACGUAGUAGUGCAGGACGAGCAGCUCGUAGGAUUGCUGAGGAAGUGGCAGGAGGAGGCGAAGAGGGAGAGGGAGAGAGUCGGCGGGCUGGUGGGUUAUUCGGCUGGAGUAGUGGGCUGGGUGAGGAGCGCGCGGUGA